UGGGGGGGGAAAGAGUCUUUGGUUUUCUGUUGUGAUUUGUUCAUUUAAUCUCCUGAAUAUUGGCUACUUUUAUGGCCAUUGCUGGUGACCCAUCUGUUCAAAAUUUGAUUUUUCCAAAUAGGAUUCUUGAAAUCCUGAAUAUUAAAAUUAAAAAGAUCUCUCUCUCUCCUCUUUUUGUAUGUGCGAUAAAGAGAUUACUUGAAUAUGGAAUUUAAAGAGUCUCCUUUUGCUGUGGGUCUGAUCUUUUACUUCCUAAAAGGUAGUAUCAUACUUGACCAGUUUAAUUCCAUUUGUAUUACUUGAGCAAUAGCCCACCAGAGACUUGGUGAUCUGUGUCACAACCCCAUAAGCCAGAUUUAAGUUUUAACAAUAUUUUUCUGUUCUUUCCUUUGAUCUUGGAUUCUGCUAUUCUUGGGUUCUUCUGUUGGUUUUGAAGUAUUUUUUGGGGUUCUGCUGGAUAUAUACUACUGUACUAGAUCAUGGAAUGUGACAGUCGCAUGAUAUAGACAUCUAAUUUAUUCAACUGAUCUUAAUUUUACUUCUUGGUUUGUUUGAAUUUUAUUUGGUGAAUAGCAAGUUAUUAGUUACUCAAUGGAAGAAGAUCAAGUUAUGAAGUUUGUGUGCAAGUUGUGUAACAAGAGAUAUCCAUGUGGGAAGUCACUUGGGGGUCACAUGAGGUCUCAUGUACUGGCAAAUUCAGCUGAAUUUGAGGAAAAUUUUGAAGCUAAAUUGAAAAAGGUGCAAUCUUGGAGUAAUAUUAAUGGGAAGAAUUUCAAAAGAGAGAAUCAAUCAAAGUUAGAACUUGGUGGGGUUUCUAGUUAUGGCCUAAGAGAGAAUCCAAAGAAAACUUGGAGGGCUGAGGAUUCUAACUUCCCUUUGCCUCAAGAAAAAGUUUGUCAGCAAUGUGGGAAAGUGUUUCAAUCACUAAAAGCCUUAUGUGGCCAUAUGGCUUGUCACUCAGAAAAAGAUAAAGGGUGUUUGAACUUGAAAGAUGAUAACUCAUGGACUAGUGAGAGCAAUUCUGAUACUGAAGCUGAGGAGCUGUUUAGUCCAAAGUGCAGAUCAAAGACUAAGAGGUACAAAAAGAUUAUAGUUAAAUCUUCUAUUUGCAAGGUUAAUAAUAAUUAUAAUUGUUCGUCGUCUGUGUCUGAGAUUGAUCAUGAGCAAGAACAAGAAGAAGUAGCCAAGUGUUUGAUGAUGUUGUCAAGGGAUUCUGGGAUUUGGAAUGGUGUCAAUAUAGUUGUGGAGUCUUCUGAUAACAAUUCUGUUGUUUUAGAGACCAAAUCAUCAUCUAAUGACAUGAGAAAUGCUAGAAACAACACUCUUAAACGUGCUUAUAAUCAAGAUGAGAAACCUCAAACUAAGAAAAAGGAAGAUAGAGACCUGAAACGCGAUAUAUUGGAAGCUGAAACUCAAUCUGAGAACUCUGAUUCAGACUACUUCUUAGGCGAAAAUGGAAAAGUCGAUUCAGAUGGCUCUGUUGAAAGGUUCAGAGGAAAUGGUAAUUGCAAAUGGAGUAGCUCUAAAAUGAGCCUUGGAGCUUGGUUAGACGAGCGUAGGCAUGAUGAGAAAAAGAGCUUAAACAGAAUCAAAAGAUAUCUAACAGAGUCAAGGAAGGAUUUGAGCAAGAAAUAUGAACAUGAUGGUUAUGGAUUAGCCUCAAAUUUUGAUAAAUGUGAAUCAAGAAAGGGAACAACGGAUCGUUAUAAGAAUAUUCAUAAGAAGAGAAAGUAUGAGUGCUUGAACUGCAAGAAGACCUUUAGUUCUUAUCAAGCUCUAGGUGGACACAGACCUUGCCAUAAAAAAAUCAAUGACUAUUCUGAAUCUACAUAUGAAACUGGUGAGAAUAGCCUUGGUGCUGAUAAUGAUCCUAAAUACAUAAACAUUGGCAAGCAUAAGGAAACUUUUAGCAACAAAAAACCAGCAGUUUCUACUCAAGAUGUGCCUUAUGAACCUGAGAAAAAGGUUAAACCAAAGAAAUCCAAAGGACACAAAUGCCCGUUUUGCCCUAGGAUAUUCAAGUCAGGCCAAGCUUUAGGAGGCCACAAAAGGUCACAUUUUAUUCAUGCUAGUGUCAAUGAGGAGAAUUUGAAUCAAUCUUCAGCAGUCAAGCGAGAAGUUGCUGAUUUACUUGAUCUUAAUCUUCCUGCUCCAGUUGAUGAUGAGGACGAUGAGCAUGAGCACGCUCGAUUCAUGUCUUGGUAGGUUAUAAACGAGAAUGACAUUUGCUGAGCUGGCAGCAUUUCCACGAGAGAUUAACUUAUUGAAAAAGGAAAAGCUCAAAAGUCAAGAGCUUUAUUAUGAAGCUGCAUUUUCCUUGUAGGAUGGUUCUGUUUGAGAACUAAACUUGUUGGUAAUAGCUAUCUUGCAUUCCAAUUGAAGUUAUAAUGAGUAAGAUGGGAGAAGGCUUAUUUUUCCUCCAGAUCUGGAGAGCGUUGAUUAAUUUCAAGACUAGUGAUGGAUUAGUAAGAAUAGUGCUAGUUCAAAAGAAAAUUUGUUAUUAUUAUUUUUAAAAGUGAAUUAGGGAGUUCGUCAUGAUAGUUAUGUAAUGUGAUAACCCAACUUUUCUUCUCUUUGAAUUUACUCUUUCUU